AAAUUCUAAAAAUGAACUUACACCGAAAGACCUGUUAUACAACAAGUACAUUCAAGCAAAUGUCCCGUCAUUUUAGCCGGAAAGAAGUUCCCAACGUUGCACGAUUUGCGAAUCUCUCCCGGACUCAGUAUAUGUCACAGUGACGUGACGUCACAGCCGGAAGUCAUGUUGAAAGAGCUACAGUAAACAGAAGGCCUGCCAGGCUGCUGCUAUAGCUGAAGACUGUUAGAUAUUUUUUCUGCAUUUGCCGGAUUAUUAUUAAUACUAUUUUCUCAGCACAGUUGCUGUGAGUUCACAUCACACGCAGUGGGCGCGCGACGCGGGGCCGAGAUGUUGAGCUUUCUCGGUCUUCGGAAGGAUUCUAAGAAGUCCUCGUCAGAGAAGGAAACCGACGGGUUUGUGAUAAUAGGUGAAACCGCAGAGGAGAAGAGACAGAAAGUCCAGAGCGUGAGCCUCGCCACCAACGUCAUCGUCCUGCCCUCCAAGUCCACCAAUGUGAAUCCAGCCCCUCCCACAUUACCAUACCAGCCCUCUCCGGCGCCCCCGGUGGCCGCUGCGGAGGCUGCGCCCUUUCUCCCUGAGCUGCUGGGAGACAUCCCCUUCACCCUGGCGCCCCACAUCCUGGCAAUGCAGACAGGGGUACCCCAGAUCCCCGACUUCAUCCUCACCCGCGACAUCAACGACAACCUGGCUAGCUUCCGCUACGACUUCACCCUGGAGAACUCCGUGCUCUGCGACUCCUAAUUCAUGCCCCACCCCUCUGGCCGCAAGACCCCGCCCCCUCCCCCAUGCUCCGCCCCCUUCCCCAUGCUCCGCCCCCUCCCCUUCCCCCAUGCUCUGCUAUGACUUCACCCUGGAGAACUGUGCUCUACGAGUCCUAAUGCUGCUGGUGCCGCAGGCCCCGCCCCCUCCGGCCACAUGCCCUGCCCCCUCCCCCUAACCCUAAACCCCCUCCAUUUAUCCUCAUGACCCCCAGCCUUUUUGAAGCGGGUGGGGGAAGGUGCCUACCUCUACUGCUGUGCUGUUAGGGGGGGGACCACAGUUAGUAAAUGUAGGGGCUGAUGCUAGGGCUCAUGACCUUUUCAGGUAAACGUGCUAAUGAAAUAAUUAAGAGGACGAGUUGGUGUGGAAUCCUGACGUAGAGAUCGACCCUCGUUCCGCACCCCUGAAGUAGCCGCCAGCUAAGGGUAAAACCACAAACGUUUAUUAGCGCGCGUGCUUGUGUCGUUCAGACGGUAGUUUUGUUGUGCGUUUUUCACUCCACUUUUGGGUUUCCGAGCGGUGUGUCAGAGCUGGUUCUGUGCCAAGCUGGCGUGCGGUGGUGAGCCGCUGUGCCACCUGUUCCUGACGUUUUUGUUAUCGUUUGGGGUUUUUUGCGGAAGGUGGAAUUACGAUAGCUGAUUCUUUGGGGGGUUUCAUAUCAAAAACUCUUCAACAAAAAUCUUAUUUUUUGUGUGUUUUUGAGCAUCCUUGCUGCAUAAAAGAAUCCAUGCUUUGCCCCAAUUUCAGCAGAAUGUUUACUCAGUGUACAUUUUGUGACUCUUGUGCUUUCAAAAAUAAGCCAUCAUUUAGAUUCUUUGUGUGGUUUGCAGAAAGACGCUGCACAGUAUGACCAGCGAAGCCAGCUUUUGCAAAGCCCUCGAUAAAAUGGUUUAAUACAAAAAAAAAGCUAUUUCUUUUGUACAAACACAAUUUAACACACAAAAAAGUAGUUUACAGUUAGCAAGUGCAGCAUGUCCUUUUUGAAUCACAUUUAGUCUGGAAAUACAAUUAAUUAUCCCCCCCCCCCAAUUAUUUCAGGUGAAAUUACCUUUCUUCUGGAUUCUGUUUUCUCCGCACUAAUUAUGUUUAUCCUGUGCUGACGUUUUGCAGCUGGGUGCGUGCUGCAUGCCAAAGGAGCCACGCGUUUCACCCAAGAUGACCGCGUGCUCAGACGUUUAAUAUUUUAGCCUCGUCAUCUUCAUGCGCAGAAUCACCGAGUGCUGAUAUUUCAUGAAUGUACUUUCCAAAAAAAUUAACUUUUUUCAAGAUUUAAAUGAAAAGUAUUUAUAUUUUUCUCGUACCCAUGAAAAUCAAGUUUCUCUAGCGAUAGCACGCUAUUAUUUUGGUAAACAUUUUUGGUAAUUAUAUUUCUACAAAUCACUGGGCUUUUGCAUGAUUGUUAUUCAAGUUGUACUGUGGUUGAUAUUUGGUCAAAGCUACAAAUGGAAGCAGAAGCGUUUAUUGUGUGCAUGUACUUACAUGUUCUAAUUUUGUGAUGCAUGUUUAUAUUCACUUAUAAUUUUCUUUUCUUUUUUUUUGGCUGCAUGUUUAAGUGAAAUUGUGAGCGUUGUGUGGAUGGUGUGACUGCACGGGCUUGCGAACUAUCACUAAGAUGGUGGGGUACAGUCGGCUAUUUUGAAUUUAAAACUGAAGUGGUCAAAAGUUGCAUAACUUGCAUCAGUCUUUCUGCUGUCUUGAAACUGUGGUUUUUGUUGGCAUGACAACAAUUUAACAUUAAUAAUUCAGGUGUCCCCCAUUAUCCACACACUAGUCUGUGCCCCCUAAAUAUUGUGUACUGCAAUUUAGAGCAAGGAUAGGACGUCUUUAUUUACCGAGAAAUUCACAGGUUCGUUAAAAUGCUUCCACCUUUUUGUUAGUCAGUAACAGCACAUUUGUCUAAUUAAAUUCUGAAUGCUUCUGUGCCUUCACCAUUCAUGGGAGAAUAUAAAUUGUCACUGAAUGACACUUUAAAUGGUAGUAUUUUCAUAUUCUGCCAAGUUUACAUGGUUUGUAUAAUAGCGGGGGAAGAGAGUUGAAAGUGUUUAGUUUUCCUGUUUGAUUCUUUCUGAUUUCACUGUCAGGAAUUUCCUUCUUCUCAUUUUCCAAAACUGUAAAUGCAUUUAAAAUAUGGUUGUGUUGACAGUGAUAUUAUGAACUGUAGUAUUUAAACUGUUGUAUUAUUAAAUAAUUUAAUAAACAAAUUGCAAUCAAUA